AUGCCCAAACCACACAAAUCCUCUGGCCAGAGCCAGCUCAGAGCUCAUUCACGCAAUUCCUCGGCUGCAAAACUUGGAUUAAAUCUGCAGCUUACGCAGAACGACCUCCAGCCAAGAAAAGGAUACGCCCAAUACGCCCAUGAGCUCAACCACACCACGAAACCGGCGAUUCCACGAACGAAUAGUGCCAUUCGCGCUGUACCGAGCAAGGACCAUGUCCCACCUGCCCAGCCGAAACGCAAGGUCUCAGAGCAGACACAACAUAAGCUACACGUACCGAAUUAUCGACCGAAUGGGAAACCCAAGGCUGGGUUCAUGAUAGCAAGCCCUGCGGACGAGGACGACGAGGACGAUGAAGAUGCUUGGAUAUCCACUGAAAGUGGUGCCGUCACUCCCAGCGGCCACGAAUCGGAAUCGGACGAUUCUGACGCUGCCACUCAGGCGCGCACACCCAUCGAUAAGCCGAAAGUCGUCAAGCCCUUGAACAGUACUUACGAUAAGCCCAAACCACCGCUGACACUCCAUCUCGACGAUCCCCGACCUCUGGAUCGAGUAGAGCUUCUGACAAAUGGCUUCUCUGAUCUGACAGCCAUCGAAGACCCAAGGAGGGAUGCAGUUAAACCAGAUGGUCCGACUACUACAGCCCGUCCGUUGGGAGAAGCUAUACGUACAGCGCCUCCUGCCCAUGACCAAUUCCCAACGACAGCGGUCCAACAGGAAGUGACUCAGCUUCGACCACCGGAGCAACCCCCCUCUCCUUCCACGGCUCCUCCUUCGCCUAUUCCCUCUGCACCGUCCUCUCGUCCAGCAAGCAAACGCUGGUCAAGACCACCAUCCAUGCUCUCCACAAUCAGCAAAGCAGAUCACCAACCCCAUCCACUUCGCCCCCAUCCCCUCAUUCGUGGCAAUUCAUAUGGCCAGCCGAGCCACUCCAUUGCAAAGCCUACCCCGCUAGCCCCCCUCACCGUCAUCUCUGAACCCUCUGCAUCUAAUUCACAUUCGGCCGUAACCCUGACCGAAGAACGCUCAACCUCACCUACCAGUAUGAAGACAGAUACUGCUUCACCCGGCUCUCCGAGACAUUCAUAUCGCCGCACCUCCGUUUCUUCCGCUCGUUCUGUCGCUACGCUCCCCGCCACAUCCACCACCGCAACUCUUUCCCAACCCUGGACUCCAUUAAUGUAUUCGCGCUCGAAUGAUCGCCAGCGCACGUUGUCCACCCUGUCUACAUCAUCCUCGUCCGCAGCCAUAUCUUCCCUUGCCCAUCUUCCUUCCAUCACGAGACCCCCGACUCCCCAGAAAGUCUCGUUUUUCCCCCCACUCAACCCAUAUUCGGAUCCAGAGAAGAUACACCCGCACCUUCCCUCGCCGUAUGUGUUCGCACACGCAAGUGUCCUGGCAAAGAGAAAUCCCCUUAGGGAGUCCUAUGACCGUGUCAUGCUCGCGAAGCACGCCAAAUAA